AUGGGCGCCUACCGCGGCGUGUUCCGCGGGUUCAUGCGCUCCCGGACGCGUGCAUGCCUGGUGGGGCGGCAGGCCCCGCUGGAGACGCGCGUGCGCUGCCCCUACUGCGGCGCGCGCGUCUGGAGCAUGGUGGCGGCCGGGAUGGCGCCGCGCAGCGCGUGCCGCAGGCUGGGAGCCUACGAGGGCCGCCUCGAGUACUACGUCUGCGUCAGCGGACACCUCCACGGCAACUGUUGGCUCGCGCGCCUCACCUCCAGCGACGGCGAUCACGACGGCGACGACUCCGAGGUCGACGACGACGACGCUUCCACGGAAGGCGGCAGCGAUGGCGGCCCGUCGCGCCGUAAACUCCGACAUGUCAAGUCAUGUGAGCCCAUAGGAGUAGUGGAAGGUGCUGCCGCAUACGCGCUCUGCUUUGUCUGGUCCGCGGCGCGGCUGGAUAUGGCGAUGUUUACAGUUUCAGCGACCUGUGCGCGCGGCUGA